UUGGUAUACUGCCUGCUACACUGCACACGGCCUUUUGUUUCUUUCUUUUCGAAUCCUGAAUCCUGAUCGUUGACAGGACAGUCUCCAUCGGUCCAAAUACAUAUUGAUUCAAUCAUCUCCUGUUAACGGUUCACCCUCACCCACUAGUGAUUUCAAUCCUACGGUUUAUACUCCUCUUCAUAGAAGACUUGCCAUUUCUUCAAGCUCAAACCCACUCUCAGAAGAAUUUGUGUGCCAUUGAUUUAGAUAUUUUUGAAGUGGGAAUGUGGGAUUCUCUAUGCCCCUUCAAAGUUGAAACUUGAAAAGCAAUAAGCAUUCAGAUUUCAGACUCGAACAAAACAUUUGAGAUGAGCUGCCUGCGUUGCCUUCCAAGUUUCAAUGGUGAUGCGGAGCAUGGGAAGGUAGAGAGCGGUGUAUUAAUCCGCACUUGUCGCUCUUAGAUAGAGACAUUUGUAAAGUUCCCAAUUAUUCUAUUCGAAAAGUAAGGCCUGUCUCUCCUCCAUUCAUGGCGAUACUGUGGUAAAACUAUUGUCUCUUUCCUCCCCUCACAAGUAACAACAACCUCUCCGUUUCACUUUCAUUUUCUUUCUUCCUUUCUUCUUAGUUUUUUCUCUUCUAUCUUCUGGCUUAUUUAAGUUUCUUUCAUUUUCUCACCACUGCAAGGACACACCAGAUUAAAAAAAAAAAAAAAAAAAACUCUGUUCCGUUCUCCUUUUUUUUAAUUCUUUUUUCAUAGUGAGAAGGUUAGCUCUCCAAACUUAGCUGGAUUCCUGAUUUCUGUCCGUUCCAAUUUCAUCCAUCAACCCAUCUUUCUUUCUUUUAUUUUAUUUUAUUUUAUUUUAUUUUAUUUUAUUUUAUUUUAUUUUACUCUUUUAGCUUCGUAAUCUAGCAGUCGACAUAUAUAACCCAGUUUCGAUAUUGAGCACAGGAUGCUUUGGCCAAUAUAUCACUGCAAACAUUGUUCUCCUUUUUGUUUCUUAUUCUAACUGAAUAGCUUGAGGAUUCAUAAAAGGAAGAAACAGGUCCGUCUUCCCGUUUAGGUUGGUGAUGGAGAAUCUGCCACUCUCUCUGUGGGAGUUCAAACGAUUACAAAGGUGCCAUCUUUCUCAAUUUUCUAUGUCAUAAAAAGGUCUUCAAUUUCAGUUCGGUUUGUGGUUAUGAAGUUGUGUUGCAGCUCUUUUGAACCCUAGAAUUGAGUUUGCUGAAAUCGAUUUGUAUAUCUUUCUUUUUAUUCCUCUCUCUCUCUCUCUCUCUCUCUCUGUUUUCAUGAUGAAUGUUGGAGAAGUUAAAUUGUUUAUCUGGGUUUCAUCCCUGUUGUCUUUGGCAUGUAUUUCUGUUGGAUUUACUCCUGUGGACAAUUACCUCAUAGACUGUGGAUCAUCCACCAAUACAUCGGUGGGAAAUCGUGUCUAUGUGUCCGACAUCUCCAAUCCCCGAUUCCUUUCGACCUCCAGGAACAUUUUUGCCAACAACACCGCUUCCUCCACCACCAGUUCGCCUCUGUAUCAAACAGCUCGAAUCCUCGAUGGGUCCUCUAAGUACAGCUUUCCAAUCCAAAAGCAAGGAAGGCAUUGGAUUCGACUAUAUUUCUUCCCGUUUGUCUACCAAAGCUACAACAUGAGCAUGGCAAGCUUCUCUGUUUCAACUCAAGAUUUCGUCCUCCUCAGCAAUUUUCAAAUACAGAAUGGUUCUCUAAUGAAAGAGUAUUCUGUGAACAUUACUUCAGACAGGCUCACCCUCACUUUCACUCCUUCAGAUAAUUCGUUCGCCUUCUUAAAUGCUUUAGAAGUUGUUUCAGUCCCCGACGAUCUCAUUGUUGAUGAUGCCGUUCAAGUUAAGAGUUCGACGGGUUAUCAAGGUCUGUUAACACAGGCUUUAGAGACGGUUUGGAGGGUGAACAUGGGUGACCUAGCUGUCUCCCCUCUGAACGAUACUCUAGGUCGAACAUGGAUUCCCGAUCAAGAUUUUUUACUGAACAAGAAUUUGGCCGUGGCGGUGUCGAAUAUUCCGGCCGUCAAUUAUGUGAAUGGCGGGACCUCUCGGGACAUUGCUCCUACUGCUGUCUAUGGCACCUGCAAAGCGAUGAACUCGUCGGCCGAUCCCAACAGCAAUUUCAAUGUGACAUGGAAAUUUAAUGUCGAACCUGAUUUCCAGUACCUCAUUCGCUUUCACUUCUGCGAUAUAGUGAGUAAAGCUGCUCACCAGCUCGUCUUCAAUGUAUUUAUUAACUCCUUACUAAUUGUACAGGCUCUGGAACUCUCCGAUAAAACAUUUAACGUCCUGGGUGCUCCAGUUUUUAUGGACUUCGUUCUGGGGUUAAGUUCCGAUAGCAAGAUCGUGGUCAGUAUUGGUCCUAAUACGGUGGGUGGAGCUCCCCCAAAUGGCAUUUUGAAUGGGCUGGAGAUUAUGAAGAUGAACAAUUCCAUGGGAAGCCUUGAUGGGGAUGUCUCUGCAACCACUUUCACACCAUCGAGUUCGCACAAGAAGAUGGGCUUGGUGGUGGGUGCCGCCCUUGGGGUGUUCUUUGCAUUGGCAGUUGUAGUUCUGUUCUUCUUGUGCAGGAGACGCCGACUGGCACAGCAUCAUGGUUCAAAGACGUGGAUUCCAUUACCCAUCAAUAGAAGAGGUAACUCCCACAGCAUGGGGAGCAAGUUCUCUAAUGGAACUGCAACGAGCAUCGCCCCAAACCUUGGAUACCGCUUUCCUUUUGGGGCGCUGCAGGAGGCCACGAACAAUUUUGUCGAGAGUUGGGUUAUUGGGGUCGGUGGGUUUGGCAAGGUGUACAAGGGAGUUUUAGGAGAUGGCACCAAGGUUGCAGUGAAAAGGGGUAAUCCCCAUUCCCAGCAGGGUCUUGCAGAGUUCUGGACUGAAAUCGAGAUGUUAUCUCAGUUCCGCCACCGCCAUCUGGUGGCGCUGAUUGGGUACUGUGAUGAGAGGAAAGAAAUGAUCUUAGUUUAUGAGUAUAUGGAGAAUGGGACCCUGAAAGGUCAUCUUUAUGGCUCAAAUCUACCAAGCUUGAGUUGGAAACAGAGGCUUGAGAUAUGCAUUGGAGCAGCCAAGGGACUACAUUACCUUCAUACCGGUUCUGUGAAGGCAAUUAUCCACCGAGAUGUCAAGUCUGCUAACAUAUUACUGGAUGAGAAUCUCAUGGCCAAAGUUGCAGACUUUGGGCUUUCCAAGACAGGACCCGAGAUCGACAAGACCCAUGUCAGUACUGCUGUGAAAGGGAGUUUUGGGUAUCUUGAUCCCGAAUAUUUCAGGAGACAACAACUGACGGAGAAGUCAGAUGUGUACUCAUUUGGGGUAGUUUUGUUUGAAGUCAUCUGUGCAAGACCUGUCAUCGAUCCAUCCCUUCCAAGGGAGAUGGUGAACUUGGCCGAGUGGGCGAUGAUUCAUCAGAGGAGAGGGCAAUUGGAGCAAAUCAUAGACCCUAACCUUGUGGGUAAGAUAAGGUCUGCUUCUCUGAGGAAAUUUGGAGAGACUGCCGAGAAAUGCCUGGCCGAGUAUGGCGUUGAUCGGCCCACAAUCGGGGAUGUGCUAUGGAACCUGGAGUACGCACUUCAGCUUCAGGAAGCAAAUGAAACUGAUGAAGACAGUAUUAAUCAGAUUGGUGAGGUGUCGCCGCUAGUUAUCAAUGUGAAUCCGGUGGAGAACAGUGUUACAACUGAGAGGUUGGGAGGGUCGACAUUGGGUGAUCUAUCGGGUGUCUCCAUGAGUAGGGUUUUCUCUCAGCUGGUGAAAUCCGAAGGGAGGUGAUCCAACACAUGCAGCUCUAGCCAAGGAUUAUCAAAAGGGGCAUUCUAUCUAUAUUCUAUUGUGCAGUAGUAGUGCUCUUUCUUUUGUACAGGGUGAGGGUUCGAGUAAUUUGUUUCACUUCAUAUAAACAAUACAUCCAUCUCCAUCUAGUUGAGUGUAUUCUUGUUGUAAUUGUAAUCAGUAGAUUCAGUUAUUGAGCCAUUAUAGAAUAUUUGUGUUUUCAAUCCAAGGAAUGAGAUUCAAUCU